AUGGAAGCGAAAUAUCUACAACAACAAUACGAUUAUCCAGUAAUACCGUCAUUUACGGAUGGGUCAUCUGAUGGCUAUCAUUCACCAGGUCCUGUUUCAAGUCCUGAAUCAUUAUACUCAUUUCCAUCACCAACUCCACGGCGUGUAUCAUCCUCAUACAACAUGCAAGAUAUUAAUUAUUACAAUAAUCCACAUUCUGGCAACGGAAUAAAUGAUUAUAAUCCGAAUGAACUUUGUGGGAACACUACUGCUAUGACAUAUAACACAAAUACGGAAUUUAAUCAAAUUUGGAAUUAUAAUGAAUAUCAGCCUAAGUAUGAGGAAUUACAAACACCAACAUAUCAGAAAAAAUCACGCCAAAAUAUUAAACAUCAUAAAAAUGAAUUUUGGAAGAAUACAUCAACAGUGCCAAAAGAAUAUACGGUGUUGGAAUCGAGUCGUAAAAAUUGUGAUAUAAAAUUUAACAAACAGGAUGUUGAUGGACAACAGUUACAUCAGUCACAAAGUCAUCCUCAUCAGUCACAAGCCCAACCGGGUGCGGAAAUUAUUAAAAAACGACGUUUAGCAGCAAAUGCAAGAGAACGUCGAAGAAUGAAUAGUUUAAAUGAUGCAUUCGAUCGACUGCGUGAUGUGGUACCGUCAUUAGGAAAUGAUCGAAAAUUAUCGAAGUUUGAAACGUUACAGAUGGCUCAAACUUAUAUAGCGGCAUUACACGAAUUGUUACAACGUGAGUAG